AUGGUGCAAGUCCCUCCGCCGGCGCUGGCGGCCGUCGACGUGGCCGAGAUGGAGCUCUGGGAGCGCGAGUCGGCGCCUGCGUUCCAGUACUCCGUCCGAGCCGGCAACCUCGUCAAGCGUCUCACAGCGAUCCAGGACCGCAGUCUCUGCACGGCCGAGAAGCCCGCCGUCGCGUCGCACGGCCACUGCGUCUGGGACGCUGCACUCGUGCUCGCCGAGUACCUGCAGGGUCACGUGCAGCCAUGGCGACAGGCCGUCGAACUCGGCGCCGGCGUCGGGCUCGUGGGCAUGACGCUCUCGGCCCUCGGUGUCGCCGACGUCGUGCUCACGGACCAAGCGUACUGUCUCCCGCUGCUGCAAAAGAACGUCGAGUUCAACUUCAGCGCGGACCGCCGCCCUCGCGUGCGCGAGCUGCAGUGGGGCGCCGCCGAGACGGAUCUGUCGCCGGACGUCGUUGUUGCGUCCGACAUUCUGUACAAUGCAAGUGUGUUUCCGCUGCUUGUGCGGACGAUUUGUCAGCUGCUGGCGACACCGAGUAGCGUCAUGUACAUGACGUACGAGACGCGCAACGCGGCCAUGGAGGCCGACUUUAUCAAGCAACUCGAAGGACAAGGCCUGCACUGCCACGGUAUUUCGCUCGAGUAUGCCCGCUACGCGACUCUCGUCCCGUACCCCGAGGAGAUUUGCUUGUAUCGGAUUGCGCGAUCCCACCAAGUCGGUUAG